AUGGCCGCGCCCAUCAAGUGGAUGAUGCUGUUUAUGGUUGUGGUAAUAGGUGCAGCUGAAGCUGCCCCAAAAUUUAACGUUUCACCGAGAGAAACCAAGAACUAUGUGCAAGAUGAAAGUCUAUUUGAAAAGCUGGACAGCAACAAUGAUGGAUUUGUCUCUGAGAGUGAACUCAACAAGUUUAAAAUACAAUGGAACGAAGUUAAGGUUUACGACCUUAACAAUGACAAAAAAUUAAGUGAAGAGGAACUGGACAUCCUGGAGGCAGUUUCCAAAAACAUCAAAGAGACAAAUUACCUCAAUCACUUUAGGGCAGCUGACCAGAACCAUGAUGGAUAUGUCACAGCCGCAGAGCUGAAAUCGCGAUUCCAAGCUCUUGGAAGUAGCUAUACUUUGCAGCAAAUGACUAAUUUUAUCAAUAGCAAAGACCAAGAUGGAGAUCAAAGGUUUAACUACAAAGAGUUUAAAAAAGCGUUGUUUAACGCGGUGUGA